CUGUCAAUCCGUGAACUCAGGCCAUCAUGACCGCCAACACGAUGUCCAAAAACCUUGACCAACGGCAAGGCUCUCGGAAAAGACAGCCUUUGGAAGUGCUACAGGGCAGUCCGCCCAAGAAAGUUGCCACGGAGAGGCCUUUCAAUGAAUGGCGAGUCCCAAAACACAAUCUGCUCUCUCCAGCAACACUCGUCCUCCCUGAUUCUCCUCCCCCACCUUCGCGUGCUGCAACCCCUCUCAAAUACCCUCAGCUCUCACUCAAAGCAUUAACACUCCCCCGUUCUCCGCUGCGGCCAGUUGGGUCUCGCAGAGCCGUUUCGAUGGCGACUCAGAGGUUCAACUACUAUCUUGAUGGUCAGCAGUUCACUCCAGCCUAUGCCCGCCGGGCGCCCGACUAUGAGCUUGGUAGCGACCAAGAUCUCGCUUCUUCGCAGCCGGUUUCCUUAGCUCAGCUGUACAAGAAGACAACCUCGAGAAACAAGGCCGGCAGGAACUCGAGAUCUUUCUUCGAUGAUAACGUAGACUACAUGGCAGAAGGAGGCGGUAAUGCAGUCCAUGGAUUUGAUACCCACGCGUCUUAUUCUCCGCGUGCCAACACAGGGGAGUAUAUGCUGAGCAACGAGACCGGGCAUCUCACCCCACCGCAACGAUUCGUUCCACAAGGAUACCCAUGGCAGCGUCAUGGAACUGCUACCGGGCUUGAUCAAGGGCAAUCAUGGCACCAUGAUCUGAACGAGUACCAGACGCAGAGAAACCCUCUGAGCUAUACCAACCACGGCAAUCCCUCGCAGUCGAGAAAUAACAGCGGCAUGUCUGAGAGUCCUUUCCUGAGGAAAGUGGAUCGAAGCUUUCCAAACGGCGAGACCUGGCCUGCAGACUCGGCCACAGCUGUCUCCCAGACAACUCCUUUCAAUACGAGCUACUCAAAGAUGCAGUCCCAUAAAGAGUACAUGGCACCAUCUUCGUUGCAACUCUAUCGAGAUAGCUUCGACCAUCCGCAGGAUAAAUCGCCCUACGAAACCAUUCGUAUAAAGCAUCGCAACAACCGAACCGUCUUACCUGAGAUUAAUUCGGGCUUGCAGUUUGGGUUUAACCCCGAAGCCGAGUACAAACCAUACACAGCCAAUGCAACCAUUCGCUCGGAGCCUACGCCUGCGACUCAUUAUCAUGCGAGACUUCCGAACAUUUUUGACUCUGAAACUAUGGGAGAGACUCUAGCCGCUCGUAAGCCGCUUGAAGAGCUCAAAGCGCCAAAGGUGAGCGAGUCCACGGAGACAGGAUCUUCUGCAUCAGAUGCACAUCUCGAACCACUCGACGACCCAAGCCCAAUGCCGUCCGAGCCUCAAGGCAGCGGCGAUGGCACAGGUGUGGAGGACGAGGACAUGCUCGAGUUGAACAAGGAAGACUUGGUCGAUCGAGCCCUUGGAAUAAAAGAAGGGCAAUAUAAACUUUCAAAAGAUCAUUGCGAUUCGAAAAAGGGACGGCUGCUCAAGCUUUACGAAUCCGAGUCUCCACGUUCGACAGAAAAGCUUCCAGCUUCGUCAUACUCGCACAAGCCAACCGAAAGAACAAUAAAACCACCUCCUGGGUUAUCUAGGCGAUUUGACACUGAGGAUUCACUUGCUUUCCCAGCGAAAGAAAGUCUCCUGCAGGCCAACAGGUUGAUUGAGAGAGACAGCAGCUGUGCAGAGAAUAAGGAACCCGCUUGUUUGGCAGCGAAUGCAAGACUCCAAGAGGUCAACAAGUGGUUCCAUAAAGACAACCGUGGGGAAGAUGAGCUUCGCCAACACAUCGCCAACAUUGCUAACAACUUUGUCGAAAACCGCGAACGCCGCAAUGCGCAAGCAUUUUCCGAGCAGGACAACAUCUUCGCCAACCAACUCAUAACGACUGUGGGUGGGGUUCUUGCGAAUCUUCGUGCCUAUACUCCACAAGAUAAGAGAGACCCUGCGAGAUACUUUGCGAACUACAAGGAUAUGCAUCCCCGUUGCUAUGAGGCACGGACGGGAGGCCAGCGCAGCUACUUUGAUUGGAAUCCUAUAUUCGACUCUUGGAGACGCGUGGGUGGAGCCUUUCUGGAGGCCGAGAGCGACUUACAAUAAUAGCUGUCAAUUUCACUGCCAUCGUGUCGUUUGCUCGAGAAAUUCAGCUGGAGCAGGAUAGCUACAAAUUAGGUGAUUGGCGAGUGAUUGGGAGACUCUCAUUGAUUUCAUGCAGGGGCACUUUCGGCUUUCGUCUAUUGGGUUGUUUCAAUCCCUUGAGAUGUUGGCGAUGGCUAAGCUGCUAUCCAGGUCCGUUCCUACAUUCGUACCAUCAGCAUACACAAUUGCGUUGCGUUUUCACAUGUAGCAUUUAGUUCUUGCUCCGAGCAUUAUUGUACUUUUAGUCACAACGGAUGGAUUGCUCCCAAACCCGGUCUACUCCGUAAUAUCGAGCAAUCAAGAAUUCG